AUGGGGGCAACAUGCACCAGAGGCAUCCGGAAAGCCAUCAUGGGCGGAGGGGCCCACAAAGUUUGCGUGUGCGGCGGUGCUGGUGGCAUUGGUCAGCCUUUGUGCUUGCUCAUGUCCAUGGACCCCAACAUAAAAGAGCUUUCCGUUUUUGAUCUGAAUGUGGCCAUGGUGCCUCCAAAGGGCGUGGCAUCAGAUCUCAGCCACAUUGAGAGCAAGGUCAAAGUAUCUGGCUAUGAAAUGGAAGUAGGUAAGGCUCCAAAGGACCAUUUGAUGGACUGUCUGUUUGGCUGUAGUCUAGUAAUGGUGCCGGCCGGCAUGCCUCGGAAGCCUGGAAUGACUCGCGAUGACUUGUUCCGCCUGAAUGCAGAUAUUGCCAAAGGCAUUGUAGAGGCCUGCGCGAGGUUUUGUCCAAACGCAGUGGUCGCCUUAAUUGUGAACCCCAUCAACUCGAUUGUGCCGGCUAUGGCUGAACUUUACAGAAAAGCUGGCUUGGAUCCGAGCAAGAUUGUGGGCGUGACGACACUCGACUGUGUGCGAGCCAACAAGUUUGUUUCGGAAAUCACAGGCUGUCACCCCUAUCAGGUUGAGGUGCCGGUGAUCGGCGGCCAUGCUGGCAUGACCAUCCUGCCGGUUUUCUCGCAAGACUAUUAUGGGUCACGGAUUGAUCCAUCCAAGAUCCCGGACCUGGACAGGAAAACCCAGGACGCGGGCACCGAGGUCGUCAGUGCCAAGAACGGCAAGGGCUCAGCCACCCUCUCCAUGGCCUAUGCAGGGGCUCGCCUGGGCCGGGCUGUGCUGGCUGGCCUUUCUGGGCAAACUGCUGUGGAAUGUGCAUACAUCAAGUCCGACGUGACCGAGCUGCCAUACUUUGCGUCCAGAGUUCAGUUUGGCAGAAAGGGAGUGGCCAGGGCACUUCCCAUCGGAAAGCUCAAUGCGCAUGAGCAAAAGCGACUGGCAGAAGCCAAAGCUCAGUUGAAGAGCGAAAUCGCUACCGGCAUGAAGUAUGCGCAGCAGACAUCUUUGACAAUCAAGUAA